AUGCGUGAGGACGCAGGAGACGGCUUCGAGGCAGAGAAUUUUUUCUACCUGAAAGGAACGUCUUUGACCAUGACAGCCGCGGAGGAGAAGGACGCGGUGGUGCGGCGGAACGAGAGAGAGAGAGAGGAGAGUCCUCGGUGGCACGAGCGCGUGGUGAAGGAGCGCGCUCGCGGCGACUCGAGUCGGGAGCGGCCCUCGAGAGAACAAGAGACUGAGAGGCGGGACCUUCGCGACUCGCCUUACCGGAAAGAGGAGAGAGAGAAAAAAAAGAGAAGAAGAGACGCAGAAGAUAAACAUGCCGAGAGCGAGGAUCGGCGGGACACCAGGGAGGCGCGCGGCAGACGCGGCUCCGUCGCCGGAGACGAGAGACGCCCCGCGCCUGAACGCAGUGAGAGAGAAGAAAGCCGCGACGCGGUCGAUCGGCGGCGCAACAGAGGCGCCCGCGAGAGAGAAGAAGGUGAGCUUCCUGACAGCGACUCGGGAGCCGAUCUCAGAAGGCGCGAAAACGCGAAACGCAGAGACAAAGACAACCGCAGAGACGCCGACGACGCCAGAAACGGAAACAGAAGAGACGAGGGGAGAGAGAGAGAGAGGAGAAAGGAACGCGACUGCCGCGGCUCGUUUGACAGACGCGGGGGAUCGCGAGAGAGAGAGAGAGGUCGCGGAAAGCGAGACGAUCGGAGGCGAUCGCGGCGCAGCUCCAUAGAGCGUGACGACGGAAGAGGCGGCGACCGGAGGCGCGACAGGGACGAACGAGAUGACGGCGAGCGUGUCAGGCAAAGCGGCGGAAAAAGAGAGAGCAGCGAACGCGGCGGCCGAGACUGGCGCCUCGGAGACGGCGAAGAGAGAGAAAGAGACGACAGCAGCCGCCACGGAUCCCGACGCGAGGACGCGGGGCGUCGGCGGGCGCGGCGCGACGGUGCGGCGAUGAGGGCUGCCGUGGAUGCGGCUUUGCAGGAGAAGGAGAGAAACAAGAAGAAGCAGGCGUCGUCUUCAGACGAGGACGAGCGCGAGAGACUGAAGCGGCGCAGCGAGAAUCGCGUGACCAACAAGCUUGCGCGGAGUGCGCUGUCGGCGGCGAUCGAGGAGAGAGAGAGACGCGGACAUGGCUCUUCCGCCUCCUGGCGGGUGAAGCGCGAAGCGAGCAGCAGCCGAGAGACUGAGCGCGACAGCGGCGCGCGCCGUGACCGCGACCGCGACAGGCGAGGCCGCGACGGCGGCGAAGGAAAUGCGGCCGCCUUUUCGCGGAUCAAGAGCGAGCGGAGAGACGAUCAAGCGCUGAGCCAAAGAGGAGAAGCGGAAGAGUUCAGGAAUCCGGAUCUUGAUCGCGACCUCGCGCGAAGCGACGCCCCCCCGGUCGACCGCGACAUGGAGGAGUACCUGAAGAAGAAGGUCUCGAGGGUCUCGGCGGAGACUCUGGGCCGCGCUGGAGGCGUCUACGUGCCGCCGUUCAAGCUCGCGCGGCUGCAGCAGCAGGUAACUGACAAGACAUCAGCUCCAUAUCAGCGCCAGGCGUGGGAGGCGCUGCGCAAGUCGAUCAACGGUCUCAUUAACAAAGUCAACGUCGCCAACAUCCACAACCUCGUCCAGGAGUUGUUCCGCGAGAACUUGGUCAGGGGUCGCGGGCUGCUGGCGCGAUCCAUCAUUCGCGCGCAGAUGGCCUCCCCAGGCUUCACGAAUGUCUACGCGGCGCUGAUUUGCAUUCUGAACUCCAAACUGCCCGAAGUGGGAGAGCUUAUCCUCAAGCGCGUCAUCUUGCAGUUCAGGCGCGCGUAUCGGCGCAACGACAAGAUUGUCUGCCUCGCCUGCGUUCAGUUCCUUGCGCAUCUCGUGAACCAGCGCGUCGCGCACGAGCUAGUCGCCUUGCAGCUCUGCGCGCUGCUGCUCGAUGAGCCGACAAACGACUCGGUUGAAGUCUGCGUCGGGUUCCUCACGCAAGUUGGUCAAGUGCUCGCGGACGUCUCUCGUCGCGGUUUCGACGCCAUUUUUGAGCGCCUUCGCGGCAUUCUGCAGGAGGGCAUGACUGAUAAGAAAACGCAGUACACGAUUGAGAAGCUCUGGGAUCUCAGGCGACAGAAUUUCAAAGACAAUCCUGGCGUGCCUACCGAGCUGGAUCUCGUGGACGAAGACGACAAAAUCACGCACGAGAUCGAUUUGCUGGCGGAGGACCUUAAGGGCGAGGAAAUGCUCAACGUCUUUCACGCUCAGGAACCUGCGGAAUACGCAGAAGACGAACGCAAGUGGGCCCGGCUCUCGAAGGAAAUUCUUGGAGAAGCCAGCAGCGACUCGCAGGCCUCAAGCAGCGACAGCGAGGCGGAGGAAAGCGAUGAAGAAGAAGAGGACGCCGAAGAAAAGACGACGGUGAAGAUCGUGGACAUGACCGACGCGGAGAUUAUUCACAUGAGGAAGACGAUCUACCUCUGCAUUAUGUCCUCUCUGAAUUUCGAAGAAUGCGUCCACAAAAUUCUCAAGAUGAACAUCCGAGAAGAUCUGGUCAUGGAAGUCGUCAUCAUGUUGAUCGACUGCUGCGCCAUGGAGAGGACUUUCCAGCGCUUCUUCGCACUUCAGGCUGAGCGCCUCGCGAGACUCAAUCCGCAGUACUCCGAGUGCCUUCAGGAGGCCUUCCGCAGACAGUAUCAUACGGUGCACCGUCUUGAGACGACGAAGCUGCGGAACACAGCAAAGUUCUUUGCGCACCUGCUGUACACCGACGCAAUCCCGUGGACGGUGAUGGAGGUUUUCAAGCUGACGGAGGAGACCACGACCUCAUCGGGUCGUAUUUUCAUAAAAAUUCUUUUCCAGGAGAUGUCUGAGCACCUCGGCCUCCGCACGCUCAACGAGAGAAUCCACAGCGAAGAUCUUCAGCCUCACGUGGCGGGCCUCUUCCCGACAGACAAUCCGCGCCACCUGCGAUUCUGCAUCAACUUCUUCACGGCUAUUGGUCUCGGCGGCCUCACCGACAAGCACCGACAGCUCCUCGCCGAGCUCCAGCAGCGCGCGCAGCAGGAGCAAGCGCUUGCGGCUGCGCAGAGAGACGACAGCUCCAGCAGCGCCUCCUCUUCGAGUUCGAGCAGCUCGUCCUCGAGCUCUUCGUCGUCUUCAGAUUCCUCAGAUUCUUCUUCCGACAGCUCCGACAGCGACUAG